UUUCAGCAUGUUUUAUGCCGACUUCGUUUUGUCGAAGAAAGGUCCCCUUUCAAAAGUGUGGCUUGCCGCUCAUUGGGAGAAAAAGCUUUCGAAAGCUCAAAUUUUUGAGACCGAUGUUGAUGAAGCUGUGAACGAAAUUAUGCAACCAUCUCAAAAACUGGCACUCCGUACCACUGGUCAUUUGCUAUUAGGAAUCUGCAGAGUUUAUUCAAGAAAGACAAAAUAUCUUCUUGCUGAUUGUAACGAAGCAUUCCUCAAAAUCAAGCUUGUUUUCCGUUCCGGUGCUCUGGACCAGCCAAAUCCAGUUUUGCCUACGUUUUCCAUCCAGGACAUCUACGGAGAUUUCGGUGACAAUGUUUUGCCAGAGUUUGACGAAGAGGAGCUCAAUCACGCGCCCAUUUGCCAGAGCCGUCUUGACGAUAUCACAUUGAAAGAGGAUAUUCCUCAAAAGUUCACUUACAACUAUGGAGAACCUCUUGAGGAUGAUGACUUCGGAGAAAUCGCUGCUGGUGUUGGACCAGAGGACUAUUACCGUUUAAUGGAAGAUGUUAACAAAAUGGAUCUUGAGAUGGAAUUGGCACGUGAUGCUGCCACAACAAGUGACAACUUGUUUGGUCGUGAACGCGAGCCAACUCCAUUCUUGAACGAUGCACACGCCCCCGGAAACGCAAUUUUCGGUGAUGAAGACUUUGCUGGUGGUGACAUGGAUGAUGACGAUCACAACGUUCAAGGAUCUUCUGGAUUCACUGACAACAAUGCUAUGCACAUGGAAGACAUGGACUACGAAUCCGGCAACACAAUGAUGCGUGGAGAAACUCCACUCCGUUCUGACACUCCGAACACUUUCCGUGCACCGAGCCCAGCCCCGUCUAUUGCUCCGUCGGUUGCCACCUCUGUCAGCGCAAUGGAACACGAUACUAUCGAGUCAUAUUAUGAGCGUCAAGCUCAGAAGCGUGCAAUGCAGAAAGAGCAAAACAUGAGGAAACGCCGUGUUGAUGAUGUCAAGAUGAUCACUGGAGAAGAGAUGAAGGGCAAUAUGGCUGAUUUUAGCGAUAUUCUUACUCGCCUUGAUUUGGCCCCGCCGUCGCGCAAGCUGAUGAUGGGAAAGAAACGCAGUCACGCCGAGUAUAUGCACCACAAUCCUGGAAUGAUUGGAUUCUCAAAGAACAAACAGUUUAUCCGAAAAUAUCAGAGUUAUUUGGUAGUUACCAAGCACGACGACGUUGACGAGAAAAACGAGUGGAUCAAAAACGCUUUGGGUCUUCGUGAGAUUGGAGAAGAAGAGCUGCAACAGCAGCAACAAGAAAUGGAUAUGCAUGUUCAGGACGAUUCAUCGUAUGUCGACGACUUUGACGAGGUUCCACCACUCGACUUUGAUCAACUGGAUAUGAUGGAUAUGCCACAAUCGAUGGAUGAUAUCAACAUGGUCGACGAUGAUGUACCACAGCGUAACCCAUUGUCACCGUUUGCCCCGAUGGUCGAAGAUGAGGAGAUGUCUCCAAGUGAGAAGCGCAAGAAGCGUGAUGAAGAGAAAGAAGAGCCAGAGACUGACGAGGAUAACCGCUGGUCAAAGAGAACUCACGCGUUGUUGCAGAACAUUGCGACUAAAUUGGAAAAUCAAAAUGGACAGGUUGAACUGGAUGAAAUGUUGAAGAAGGGAACAAGUCGAAAGGUGGCUGCCGCCAAGUUCUACUCUCUUCUGUGUCUGAAAAAGAAUCAGUGCAUCGAUAUCGAACAGAAGGAGCCAUACGGAGACAUUAUGAUUAAGGCCGGGCCCAAUAUCAACAUCAACACGAUCUAAUUUGCAUAAAAUUACACUAGUGUCUCUUAUCCCAACAACCAAAAACUAUUGAAUCACCUCCCCUACCCACGAUAUCGUUUUGCAUAUAUUACAGAACAAGUUUCCUACUCUUUUCCUCUCCCCUCCUAUCUUAUUUCUUAUUUCUACCUCCCACACUUUUUCACUAUCCUCAUCUUUUAGUUUACCUAUGUUUCACUUGUUUUCUUUCUUCCCUAAGUUUCUUCUUCUUCUUCACGUUCGAGGAGGUCGAAACAGUACGCGCCAUGGUCGAGAGGUUCGAGGAAACGAGAGUUGUACAGGAGGCGGUAGUUGAAGGGGGAGAAUAAAGGUGUAUGUCUCACCUUUCAAAGUUCUCGCCGAUCCCGCCACCCUGCUUUCUCACCUCGUUUUCUUGUACCUAUAUGAGCCAUGAGCCCUCUGCACUGUCCACUAGUAUUGCAGAUCUCACUGAUAUCAUCCAUUCGAAUGGUGUCUUAUCACAGUCUUCUUCCUAUUCAAUUGAUGCUCAUUUGCAUUUUCUCUCAAUUUUUCACACAUUGCUCUCGCCAUUCAUCCAUUGAUAUCCCAAUUAAUUCUUUCUGAAAUGUCAACUACAGUCGUUACGACGACUGUACGUAACCAAGAGUGCAGUUACAUUUUUAAAGUAUCAAAGUACUCAUUUUCUCUUCUUGACAUUUUUAAAAAUAAUUUAUUGUAUUUAAUUAAGAGGUGUUGUUCUGAAAACAACUUUGUUCCUCAACAUUUAUUCUCCUAUACCGGAUAUUUAUAUGUCAUAGAAUUCAUUAUUUCCACUUGUAGUCUACAUAAUAUUUUUAAUCAACCUCCCAUUAUUUAAUUUAUGCUUUAUGUUAGAAAACUUUUUAUUGCCAACAAUCUCUGAAAAUUUAUCAUUCCCUUCUUGAAAAGCCACUCCACUUUUUUACAACUUCUCUCCCUCCCCCCACUAUAUCUUAUUACAUGUUUCCCGCCAAAAUUGGUACAGUUCGGUUAUUGUCAACAAGAAAUUGUGAGAUCACUACCAGAACUGCUACUCAUCAUCAAUACGGAUGAUAAUGCGCUUUACGGCCUACUGUUAUGUUCUUGUGUAAAAUUUAUAAGUAUUAAGUGUGUUAAUAAAAAUCAAUAGGG